UUCAGGCUCGACAGCUGACUGCUGAACAAUAAGUGUAUGUGUUUUAAUUUGCAUGGUUUGGUUCUGAAAUUGUACACACCCCCUACAAUUGCUACUGCGUCACUCUAGUGCUAAGAAGAGGAACUCAACGGUCCAAAAGCGAACUUUACAGUACAACUAACGGUUGCAUAAUGCCUACCUACAGAACACCGUGUGAACUUUAGAACUUGCUUGGAAAAAAGUGUAGGCGAUAGAUCAGCUGACCGACGAAGGAGCAAGGACGCGGAGUAAUCACAGCAUAUCAAAGUACGAAAAGUAAGCAGAGACACCUAAUUUGAGAAGAUGACCAAUCAAUUGUUGAUGAUUUGUUUAAGUCUCUGUGCUCUGUGGCAGCCCUCGUUGGGACAGGAGGAGCACAUACUACUCACACUGAAUGAAGAGACCAGUGAGCUGCAAGAAGUCGCCUGCGAUAAAUUCAAGUACUACGCAGUGGAGGUCACUGACCCCUGCCGUGACCUCAGAGUCAGGGUGAACCAUGUGGAGGGGGAGCCAGACCUAUACAUUGCUAAAGGUAACAACAAGUACCCAAAUGAGACCACAUUAGCUUGGACGUCCUACCAGUGGGGUUCAGAGGACCUUACGGUCUCCAGCUGGGACCCAGAAUUUGAAGUUGGCUUUUUCUACAUUGGUGUGCAUGCCUACUGCGGAGAUGAUGUCUCAACUGGCCGCACUCCAUCCAAGUUCAGCCUCCUGGCAGAGAGUGUGGAGACAACCCACCCCCACACUGAAAUCACUGUCGAACGUCAAAUAAGGAAUGAGAGUAUCAAUGCGGAAGCGUACCGCUACUAUCGAUUUUGCCUCCCGUCACGGUGUACCGACGUGAAGCUGACGCUUGAACACUGCCUGGACGCGGCCGUUUGCCCGAACAGCUACGGCUACCCAGAGCUUCUUAUCUCUAGGUCCAUUGUCCAGCCCAAGAUCAGUGAUCACGCCUGGAAGCUCGCUUCAAUCCGUCGAAGCAUCACCUUGCGGAACGACGACCCGGACGUCCAGCCUGGCCACCAUUUUGUCAGCGUUUACGGGUGGUGUACGCCAGACCAGUUUUGUUCAGACUAUAAUACUUGUGGUCCAUGCGCGUUUGUACCCAACAUGCCGUACAACCUGACCUUGACCAUGACAACGGUUGCCGACUGUUCCACCGCCAGUGCUUCUACUUUAUUUCCAACAGCUUUUCUCACUUUUUGUUCUGCAGUCAUUGUUUUGUCCCACGUAUUAAAAGACUAAAACCACUUUCUUCCUCUGUUCAGACCAGGGCACAAUUUUAAAGAGCGGCUCUUAGCACACAAAGUAGCUAAGCACACCAAAACUAUGCUAUCGCUUUGCUCAAUGGUCACAUGUACAAUUUGUGGCUGUUAUCCUGCUCAUUUACACUAUAAGUAGAAAAUCGCUAAGCAAUAUUUUCUACUGAAGCAACUCUGUGAAAUUAGGCACUCCACAUUAUUUUAGAGCUGCUUUAAAAAUGAGCUAAGCACAGCUAACAUGGUCUACCAAAAUAAUGUUAUCAGCCAAAAAAAUAGUGCUUCAUGGUCCAUUUGAGACUGGUAUCCUGCUCUAUUAUGCUUAGCUGGAAAUUAUUAACCCAUUCUUUCUGUUUGAGCAUCUCUAUGGAAUCGGUCUCUGAGCUUCUACCUGUUGUCUUUGCCAUCCAAAGUAAUUAUCAGUGCUUUUCUGUUGUGGCAAAAUUUGGAACAAAAUUGUUAGGCUAAACAUUAUUGGUGUUGGAAAUGGUCAUUUAAUUUUACCAAGCUAAAAAUUCAAAUCUUUUUCUAAUUAUAGCAAUGUUACGAAUAGGUGGCCGAAUAUUAAGUUUAUCUUCAAUGUAUUUUGACUGCCAAAAUGGCAAACAAUUGGCAGACUGUAGCUGUAGCUGUGUGUGAUUUAGUGCAAGAGGUUCGGUUGUAGUCGAGACCUGUAGGUCCGAGACCGAGGGGGGGGG